GGGUCGGCCCUAAAUUGUUAGGGUUUAUAGUUUCACAUAAAUUUCCCAUUUUUUCCUAUUUUCCCAUUAGAAGCACAGGUAAGAAUUAAUUUCGGGGCUAACUCUAACUCUUCAACAAAGAAGCAGUUUUUUGAAUUCAACAAGGAAAGAUGUCUGGUGGUGAAGAGGUAGCUGUUGCAGCUGAGGCACCUGCUUCCAUUCCUGGUGAGCCCAUGGACAUCAUGACUGCUUUACAGCUUGUGCUGAGAAAAUCUCUGGCUUACGGUGGUCUUGCAAGAGGUCUUCAUGAAAGUGCCAAGAUCAUUGAGAAGCAUGCUGCACAGCUGUGUGUUCUAGCAGAAGACUGUGACCAACCCGAUUAUGUGAAACUGGUGAAGGCCCUUUGCGCCGAGCACAAUGUUAGCCUUUUGACAGUUACAAGUGCAAAGACCCUUGGAGAAUGGGCUGGUUUGUGUAAGAUUGAUUCAGAGGGAAAGGCUAGGAAGGUAACUGGUUGUUCAUGUGUGGUUGUUAAGGAUUUUGGGGAGGAACAUGAAGCCUAUAAUGUUGUUCUGCAGCACGUGAAAGCUAACUAAGUUAAAUGCCUAGGUGGUCUGCACCUGGAUUUACUGGUUCAAGCUUUUUACAUAAUAGCAGAACGAAAAUAGGUGGUCUGCACAUUGGACAGAGAAUAUCAAGUCAUUUUUUGUAGUUUUCUUUCAAAUUUCGUUUCUUGUUCAGCACGUAGGAAUAGGAAGCUCUGAAGAAGGUCUCCUUGUCUACAAAGUGAGCUAGGUUACUCAAUUCUUCAGGUUUUGCUUGUUUUCUUUCAUGUGUUGAUGAGUUUAUGAUUCUCUAGUCUACAAAGUGAGUAUCAGAGUUGUGAAUUCAGCUUUGUGAUGUUUUUAGUGGUUCAAUUUCAGAAACACAACUUAUAUAAUUGAUAUCGUUGGUUUUCAAUUUUGCUGAUUU